GGCGGAAACGGCAUCCGGUGGAGCGCAAGGCGCCUCGGUUGAAGCGGGGAGGGCAAUACAGGAUCAACAGGGCCAAGUUCAGCAUGAUGCCGAGCCGGUAGCGGAAUGGCAUGGUCCCGCGUCCAUGGCCGACUCUGGGGCUGAGGCGAGCCACGCCGAGGCGCUUCGUCGGCUUGCACCUGAUGGCUUGUACUUGGAACGCCAGAAGCGAAUGUGCUGCGCCAUUCACGCCACGAACAACCUCCUUCAAACCCCCACCUACGAUAUGUCAAGCUUUGAUGACCUGAUUGCACAACUUCCACAAUUUGGCGGACGUUGGGCCUCGCCGUACAAGAGCGCUGUCUCGUACCUGGGACACUUUUCGGCGAGUGAGCUGCAUGUUCCAAAUUUCUAUGGCUUGAUGCUCAAUCUCAAGUCGCGGUCACGUGCAGCGUCUGUACUGCGCAUGUUUCGCCUGGCACAAGGUCGCCAUUGGCUGGCCGUCGUGCCACUUCAGCACCCUGCGUCGACUGCAAGCACCGCCCCACAACAGCUGCCCCCGAUCAAGGCAGGGGCAGAUAAAGCCGCGCCCACUUAUGCUUGGCUCGAUUCUGUUAAGACUCAGCCUGAGACCCUGACCGAGGGCGAGCUUGUGGCACGCUUGCAACGCGAGAUUGAUCGCAAUGGAGUCGUCUACGUUGCUACACGACAGGCGACCGCUCAAAGUACCCAGGCGGCUCCAGCUGAGAGGCCUUGACCUGACUUGCACACCCGAGUGCCAUUGAGAACAAGCCUCGUGGCCGAGGCUGUGCCCCGCGAAGCUUGCUCCCAUCUGCUCAACAUGAUUAUCCGCUCGCUUGUCGUUUGGUGCCUCACCCUUGAGCGUUUUAUGAACCAGGCGCAAACGUAAUACAUGCUAGAAAUUCAGACCCCACAUUGAAGAUAAAAUUG